GUCAUAAUGAAGCGAUUUCGAUAGUCUGACUUUGCUUUUGUACCUACGUUCUAACUUCUAUGACUUGGAAUCAAAUAUCAUCGAUUCUUAUCACAGUCCCUUCAUCUGGAUUGCCUUGAUAGACACGUAGACUUUUGUUAUGGAUGGAAACGACGAUUUAAAUAGCUUGAGAGAUAAAGAUGAUAAUAAUAGUAGGAUAUGGAGUGAAUUAAUAAUCGAAGGAGAUGCUGAUUUUUCUAAAGAUGUUGCGCAGCUGUUAAAAGAUAAGUCAGUUUAUAUUUCAGGGGGAUUUGACAAGAAUGGUUCUCCUUUGAUCAUUUUCCCGCAAUCAGAGAAUAAGAUCGAUGAGGCGAAUAUCGAAGGGAUUUUUCAUUAUCUAGUUCAAAGAUUUGGUCCUGAUGAGAGAGAAAAGGGUUUUGCUGCUUUAAUUGAUCGUCGCUCAGAGAAGUGGAUGUCUGUGCAAUUUGUCCUUGAUCAACUUAUGCGGUUUUUCCCUGCCACAGUUGUCAUUAAAAAUGCGUAUGUCAUCAAGCCGCAAGGAUUUUUUCAAAAGUUUUCUAGAAGUAGAUUUCGAUCAGAUGAAUCAUAUGACUUCCAGGUCACCAUUCUGAAUGACAUCAAUGCUUUGUAUGAAUAUGUGGACAAGAGUCAGCUCACACCAUGUCUCGGUGGCUCACUUAAGUACAAUCAUCAAGAGUGGGUUGAAAACAGAAUUGCCAUUGAUAGGUUCCGUGACAGUUGUGACGAUAUCGCCUCUCGUUUGGUAACUUUAAAGCAGAUAUUCGAUAAGACAAAUUUGUCUUCUAACUACCAAGAAAUGGAAUUCAUGUUGAAUACUCAUGGCCAAAUGUGGUUUGAUGUUUGUGACCACAUUAACAGGACACUUAAGACUGGUGAAACGCUGCUAAAACUCAUGAAGGGCGACGAAGAUUCACUUGAGCGGAAAGUGUCUUCUUCCUUGGCAAACUCUCAAAACAGUAUUGCCGAUUUGCAGCUGCUAGUUGAUAAAAUGUCUCGAGUAAAGAAUAAGUUCGAGGAAGUGUGGCAGUUCCAUGAAAGUUGGGUCGCUCAAACUUUGCAGUACAACCUUUUUGAGAAAGAGUUUUGUGAGAUAAGAAAUAUGCUUAUGGAUGCACAGAAAAAACUUUUGAGAAUGAAAGAGCUUGGUGAUUCUGUCACCACGGCAAAGGAACUGAAGAUUGACACAGAAUCUCUCAAGGAUGAAGCAAAGAUUGUGGAAGAAAAACUAACGGACUUGUGCAAGAGUGGUGAUGAAAUGAUUAAUAAAACCAACUACCAUUCGAAAAUUAUAAAGCUGAUGUGUGACGAACUUCAGGAUUCAAACAAAGAUUUUCAGAAGAAAAUCGAAGAGCGAAUAUAUAAUUUGGAUAAAUCAGCUGAAGUUCACGAAUUCUUAACUCAGGUUCGUAUAUGGUGCGAUGCCGGACACAACAUUCUAGCUUCACAGCAUGAUCUGGCUUCAAAGAUCGUCGAAGAUUUUUUUAGCAAGUCACAAGAUUUUGAUAUGAGUAGAAUACAAAAGACAGUAAAAGAACUGGGUAACAAAACAUUGAUGGAACAAGCUCAAAUGGCUUUAAAGCGUAUCAGUGAAGUAACUGAAAUGAUAAGGAACAGACUUAACAAAGAGUCAAGUUCAAAGAAAAUGGCAGCAAAAAUACCUGUACAAAGUAGUGCACCUGUACUUUCUUUAAACAACCCAACACAUCAAACUGCAAGAUCACCUCCAACAUCAAAGAUAAACGAAGGCGUCAGUCCUUUGUCAAAUUUAAAGAAAGAAAAUACUAAAGGACAAAAAUCCAGAAGUUCCAAAACACAACGAUGUCCUAUAUCAAUCGUAGUAGCAUCUGACUUAUCAACUAUCAAUAACUUUCAAGUUGGACCUGAAGAACGUCCGCGUUCCGUCUUCAUGGAUAGUCCUCGUGAUGUUGACGUGGAGGAUGAUGCAGUUUUAUUGACAAAACGAGCCCAAGUAAUGAAUGAACUUGUUGAAACAGAGAAAGUUUAUGUAAGGGAUCUUCAGGACGUGGUGGAAGGCUACAUGAAACAAUAUAAAGACAGUAGUCCCAACAUACCACAAGAGCUUAAGAGUAAAAAAGGAAUUAUAUUUGGAAACAUUCACGAGAUUUAUGUAUUUCACCGUAACGUUUUUUUACUCGAUCUUGAGAAGUGUGCCAAUCAGCCUUUGCUUGUCGGCGAAGUGUUUUUGGCGAAAGAAAAGGAGUUUCAAAUGUACGCAACGUAUUGUAAGAACAAACCAAGCUCAGAUGCACUCAAAAAUGAGUGCGCUAAGGUGGAUUUCUUUGUGGAAUGUCAGAAAAGUCUAGGUCAUCUGCUACCUUUGCAUGCUUACCUUUUGAAACCUAUCCAGAGAAUCACAAAAUACCAGUUGCUCUUAAAACAGAUGAUAAAGUACUCACAAACGAGGCAGGCGAGCUUAAAAAGUUUAAAAAACGCUUUGAAAGCGAUGAUGAAAGUUUUACAAAAUUUAAAUGACGUUAUGCAUGCUAUGUACAUUCGUGGCUUCCUUGGAAGUUUAGGCCGUCAAGGCAAGCUUCUGAUACAGGAUAGUUUUUAUGUAUGGCAGUCUAGAAAGAAAUUCAUCGCUCAAGCUAAAGGCAAACCUCGACAGGUUUUCCUUUACGAGAAGGUCAUCAUCAUUACGAAGCGUGACGACGAAGCUCCAAAGGACAAUGUAUCGUAUCAAUUCGAAAGCAGCUUGGAGUUAAUCGCCGUUGGUUUAACUGAAACAGUUAAAAAAGAUCCUCUAAAGUUUGGGCUCUCACACAACAAAUCACUAUUUUACACUUUACAGGCACCAUCAGAAGACAUAAAAAAACACUGGGUGCAAGAAAUUCGACUCUUACUUCAAUCACAGUUCUCUCAAGUCAAAAAAUCUAAAUCGCUAUCGAUGCCGCUGGAGUUAAAUCAUAAAGUGGACCAUUCGUUAAGUAGGGUUUCCAAUAACAAUGACGAAGCGUGCAAUGAUGUUUUGACGAAAAGCAUCGAGGGGAAUGAUGAAUACAAUAACCGUGAUGAAAACGAUUGGUCUGACGAUGAGGAUGAAAACGCUAUGAAUAGCAAAGAGCGGUAUUUUGGAGCACCUGUUAUUUAUCGUGGUAUUAUGGACUACACAUCCACUGAAACAACAGAGCUCAGCUUUUUGCAUGGUGAGAUUUUACAUGUCCUAAGAGUUGGCGACGGUGGAUGGUGGUACGCAAGAUCGCAAAAGACGUCUGACGAAGGCUGGGUUCCAGGAAGUCAUUUGGAAAAAUGGGAUGAAUAUAUGCAAUGAUUUUAAAAGUUUAAUUUGAAGUUGAACAUGAUAUAUAUGCUCAAUAUUAGCCAAGUAUACCAAUAAUGAAUUUUCUUUUACAGCAGGUCUUAACUAAUUUUUCACUUCACACUAAUUUCGAACAAUUUUCAGUUUUAAUUUUCCUACUUAAUAAUAUCAUACGUAUGAAUGGAAAAAAUAAACUGCUAUUUUUAUAGAAAAAAA